AUGCUCGCCGAAAAUGUUUCGCUGGGCGUCCUUGCACUUCCUCAGGCUUUAGCCAUCCUCGGUAUCGUGCCAGGCAUGCUCUGCAUAUGCCUCCUAGGAAUCAUCGCCACAUACACCGGCUAUCUGGUUGGCGAAUUCAAACUUGCGCAUCCAUCAGUGCAAUCGUAUGCGGACUGCGGGCAGCUCAUCAGUGGGCCCCUGGGCUACAAAGUGCUUGCUGUUGGGCAAGUCUUGGUGCUGGUGUUCAUCGUGGGUGCACACAUCCUGACGUUUGCUGUUGCUAUGAACGCAAUGACUGAUCAUGCGACUUGCACGAUUGUCUUCAAUAUCGUUGGGUUGGUUGUUUCCUUUGCGCUGGGGCUGCCGAGGACGUUCAAGAACAUCAGCUACUUUAGCAUAUUCUCUUGCGCUUCGAUCAUCGUAGGUGUCACGGUGACCAUGAUUGCCAUUGCUAUCCAGAAGCCAGACAUGAACAACAUGGUGGUUGUACGACCUGACGUACCGCUGGUCAAAGGACUGGCACCUGUGAUGAACAUUGUGCUGGCUUACACUGGGCACGUUGCUUUCUUUUCUUUCGCGUCUGAACUCAAGGAUCCACGCGAUUUUCGCAAGGCUCUCUUCUUUGAGCAAGGCAUCGCGGUAUCCUUCUACCUGCUCAUUUCGGUGGUCAUAUACUACUACGCUGGUCCCCUCGUGUCCUCUCCCGCGUUAGGUUCCGCAUCGCCUCUGGUUAGCAAGAUUUGCUUUGGCAUAGCAAUCCCCACCAUCAUUGUUGCGGGUGUUGUUAAUGGGUCGGUGGCGACCAAGUACGUGUACCUCCGGGUGUGGAAGGGCACCAACGUAGUACACACCAACAGCUGGAAAAGCUUGGGCAGUUGGUGGGCGAUUUGCUCAGGGGCAUGGCUGGCAAGCUGGAUCUUGGCUGAAGCCAUCCCGAAUUUCAAUUUGCUGCUGGGCUUGAUUGGGGCCCUCUUUGGGAGCUGGUUCAGCUACGCGCUGCCUCCACUGCUCUGGCUGUGGCAUAACAAAGUGAAUGGAAGGCUGUUCUCGUCGAAGCGGCAGGCCGUCUUCACGGUUCUCAACAGCUCAAUCGUCGUGCUGGGCAUGGCUAUUUUUGGGCUGGGCAUGUGGUCAUCGGGAUGGACGCUGCAUCAUGGCUCUGGCGGCAAGGUGUUUUCUUGCGAGAACAAUUGGCAUCCGGUCAGUUGGGUAGCGGGAGGUACUGCUGAGGGCACCGCUGAAGGAUGA